AUGACCUUUGUGAAAAGUUCCCCCCAAGCCAACACUCCCCUCACUGGCACUCCAGACUCAUCACUGAAUACAAAGGAUCAAAUGAGAAUCAAUCCAACAGCAACAUCUUUGCAGAGGGAAGCAUCCCUCAAGCCAGCUUAUGAUGAAUCUUCUGCCAAAGAUGAUGCUGAUAACGUGCAAGAAGUCAAAAUGCCAUCAAUGAUGAUAAACUACCAUGAAGUAUACGCUGCAGAACUCAAACUCCUCACCGCCACCCUGCCUAACCGACUACACCAAUCAUAUAUCUCCCCUAUGGCUGCUACACUUCUUGGCGCCAUAGGGGAGAUGGGUCUCCCAUACUGCUUCAGGCAGUUAUGCGUGCAAACUGAUGUUGAUCUUCUGAACACCAUUGGUCAGAGGCUCAGAGUGCCAGAUAUGCUGGUGGAGUACAAGGAUCCAGAUGACGAUUGCAUCCCACUCUGGGCCACUGAGAUCAGUGAUCUUCUUGCUGUCUCGUUGGUCAACAUGAAAGAGGUCAAAAAGCAUGCAGGGCCCAAGGAUGAGUCAAAGGCAGUGGCAUUGCUGGAAAUGAAGCCAUCAGUGACCAUCACUACAUGGCUUCACCGCCCAGACGGUGGGUUUGAUAUCAAUGAAGAGGAUCCCGACCUCUUCGCAACUGCGCGCUUGUUUCCUACACGUGAUGGUCUUGAAGACGUUGACCAUGUUUUUCAACUUACCCUGCAGAGGAUCAGGAACCACAUCAUCAACCUGAUCGAGGUGAAAUCUUCAGAUGAGGUUAACAGUACCACCUUUGAUCAUAUUCGCUCAUGGUCUCCCCCAUCAUCACUGAUCAAUUGGGACCUCCUCACUGAUGAGAUUAUCGUUGGUGCCAGACAAACAGGGUACAAGCACUAUGCUACAUGGCACAAAGUGAUUCUCAAGCGCAAGGCAGAGGCGGACGAAGUGACCACCGGAGGAUUUGCUGUCAAACCUUCCACGUGUUUUCUUGGGAAAGCCCUUACUCUAAUUCCUCCAGGUGUGGAUCCAUCCAAGUCUGACAACAUGUGUUUCAAAUUAGGCCUUUGGUGCUUGAGAUUAGGUAGUCAGCUGGCGUGCCUUGACCAUUUGCUGGGUAGCACCAUCUGUGACAACCAUAGAACUUUGAGAGCUCUGAGUCUCAUCAUUGGCAGAGCUUGGAUGCAUUAUGAUGAAAGAUGA